AUGGCUUAUAUGUAUCCAUGCUUAAUGCCAAAAGUGCCUACUUUUAUGAAUCAACAGGAAUGGGUUACACCAAUUAAUAAUGUUACGGAAACAUUGAAAUUGAUCGCAUUGGAAGCGAAAUAUCGAGCUCAGGUUAAACCCACAGCAAUGUCAGGAGUCCCAGAAUCCGUGUGUGAUCUUCAAGCGAAUGAGGUCGAGAAUGAAGACGAAACCGAACAAUUUGGGGUG